AUGGCUGGAGCCAUUAUUCAUACAAUAAUGGAACAUGAUCCUAACAGAAGUUUAGGAAAAAGAGACUUUAAUCAUUUAACCGGCAUCAUCGUAAAAGUUUUUCCAACUGAAAUACCUGGAACUUUCUUCAUUUCAUCUUACAAGGGCAAAGUACCAACAGGAAAGUUGUAUUCGACAUAUUUGAACAUACGAAAUGCUUUAGUUGAUGUUAAAAUAAUAACUAGAGAACGACGAUCUCGACGUGAACCAUCAUUAUCUCUUGACGAAACUGACGAAUCAACCACCGAUCAUUUGGAAAAUUCAUUUCGUGUUAUUGAAAGUGAAAAUAUUGGUGAAUUAAACACAAUAAAUUCUGCUUGGGAUAAAACAUACGAUGAACGUCAGAAACUUCUGGGAAGCACAGAAUUUUCGACAUCAAAUUAUGUAGGGAAAUAUCCUUUCUUAAGAGAUCCACAAGGAUAUUUAGUGGGCUGUACAUGA